ACAAGAGAGCUAACCUGGCCAGCUGGUCCUGACAAACUUCACUUGUUGCUUUUUAAGCCAUCUCUGGAGGCUCUUAGUUCUUUCCAGCUGCCUCUGUGCCAGCUCUGAGUGGGGAACCCAAGGCUUUCUUAAGGAUGGAAGAUGCUCAUGGGCAGUGGGCAAUGUUAACGGACCCAACGAUGACUCUGAACAAUGUCACCAUGCGCCAGGGCACCGUGGGCAUGCAGCCGCAGCAGCAGCGCUGGAGCGUUCCAGCUGAUGGCCGGCAUCUGAUGGUUCAGAAAGAGCCCCACCAUUACAACCCCCGCAGCCGCCACUUGGCCACCCCUGAGGACCACUGCCGCCGGAGCUGGUCUUCUGACUCCACAGACUCGGUCAUCUCCUCUGAGUCAGGGAACACCUACUACCGGGUGGUGCUCAUAGGGGAGCAGGGGGUGGGCAAGUCCACUCUGGCCAACAUCUUUGCGGGCGUGCAUGACAGCAUGGACAGCGACUGCGAGGUGCUGGGAGAAGAUACAUACGAGCGAACCCUGAUUGUUGAUGGAGAAAGUGCAACAAUUAUACUCCUGGAUAUGUGGGAAAAUAAGGGGGAGAAUGAAUGGCUUCAAGACCACUGCAUGCAAGUCGGGGAUGCCUACCUGAUUGUCUACUCCAUCACAGACCGAGCCAGCUUUGAGAAGGCGUCUGAGCUGCGAAUUCAGCUCCGCAGGGCCCGGCAGACAGAGGACAUUCCUAUCAUUUUGGUUGGCAACAAAAGUGACUUAGUGCGGUGUCGGGAAGUGUCUGUCUCAGAGGGGAGAGCGUGUGCUGUGGUAUUCGACUGCAAGUUCAUUGAGACCUCCGCAGCCGUCCAGCACAACGUGAAGGAGCUCUUUGAGGGUAUUGUGCGGCAGGUCCGCCUCCGGCGGGACAGCAAGGAGAAGAAUGAGCGGCGGCUGGCCUAUCAGAAGAGGAGAGAGAGCAUUCCCAGGAAAGCCAGGCGCUUCUGGGGCAAGAUCGUGGCCAAAAACAAUAAGAAUAUGGCCUUCAAGCUCAAGUCCAAAUCCUGCCAUGAUCUCUCAGUGCUCUAGGCACCCAGAGUCACCCGGAUGUCCCCCGAUGGACAUCGCCGAAGGUCAUCGGGACCGAUAAUCUAUAUUAGAUUGGAUACUUGAGACUGUCAGUGUGGUUUUCCCCAUUGCACCUGGGAACUGAUGCGUUGGCCUCACGGGCAACAUGAUGCAUGGGAAAUGAAAGGUCGUUGUGAAGAGUCAGUAUUUAUUUACAGGAUAAGCCUGGCCUUGAACACCCAAGACUCACGAGAGGACGUGUUUGGUGUUCACAUGUGUUUCUUUUCUCCUUUGGAGUAGAGAAUUGAGGCUUACAAAAGAAUACCUAGAACAAGAACUCCAUUAUUAAAAUUUUGUCCAGUGUUCUGACUUGUGAAUCAGAGGUCCGUGGGACAUAAACAAAUACAGGCAAGCUGUCAAAGGGUUUAUUCCAAGGAGGGAGAACCUUCUACAUACCUUGUACCCAUGGAUCUAGAAUUGUAGAACUGGGCUUGUCAUGAUCAUGACUAUUUAUGCCCCAUCAAACUGUGAAUAGAGUGAUGGGCCUUGCUGGAAACUAAAGCUUAGUGAACAGUUUUUGCUCAGUGCCCACAGAGACCUGUAGAAUUGGGAACUGAAUCAUGUAUCAUUUAUAAGUUUAAAAUUAUACUUUUACUUAUGUGUCUUAUAAUUUCUUAUUUGGGGGAAAUUAUAUUUUAACCAAAUUCUAUUUAGUUAAACCACCUUUUAUGUUUCAUUAUUUUUGAAAUCAUGGAGCCAUCAAAAUAUUUUUAAAACAUGAAUCAUUGAUAACUUAGAGGGUAACAUGUCAAAUUUUGAAAUAUAAUCUGAGGUUGGAAUUUUUGUAAAACAUGUACCGUAAAUACUUCGGUACUUUGGGUUGAUCCUUGUACUUCACAGCUCUGCUCUAUUUAUUAUAAUUUUGCAAAGUAACCACUUUAACAUUUGAUGAUGCAUAUUUAUGAACAUAUUUCUUAAUAAGCAAAAUUUCCAUUUUAUUACCAUUUUCUAUCUUUUUCAAAAUAUGCAAAUUUUUACCAAUAUGUCUUAUAAUAAAAGAA